UCAGCUGUACAUGAAGAACAGUAGUGGGCGCAGUACUCUCUCUUUCUCACUCCACAGAAACCCUAACUUCCCAAUUGAUUCUCUUUCAAGGAUCUCAUCGAUUCAUCAGUUAAUUCCUUGCGCCUACCGAAGAUAUGGAAGGGAAGGAGUGGACGAUUCCCGAUCAGUUAGGUUGGGGAAUUGGCACCGAGAGCGUGGACCAUGUUUCCUUUCUCGGUAGUGAUUACGAUGAGAGUGUCAUGCUCGGCGACUUCGGGUGGACUGUUCCGGCGGAUUCUGGUGACUUCUCCGGCUGCGACGGUGGUUUUUUCGAUUUCUACCGGAUUGAAUCGGAUUUGGCGGGUUCCGAUUGCCGUGUUGUUGAUGCCGAGGACAAAUCGACUCCCAACGUAGGGGAUGAUUCGAAUAGAAGUAUUCACGAGCCUAAUGACAAAAGAAUCUAUAGAGCUUCAGAUUUGUCGCCGAGCUCGUCGGAAGAUCCAACGGAAAAGCCGACGGAGCCUGGAGGCCUCGCAGUAACCGCCGCCGGAAAACCGCCAUUAGACACAGAAAGCAAGGUUAGAAAGAAAGGGCAAAAGCGAACUCGGCAGCCGCAAUUCGCCUUCGUGACAAAGAGCGAAAUCGAUCAUCUUGAAGAUGGAUAUCGAUGGCGAAAAUACGGCCAAAAGGCUGUAAAGAAUAGUCCAUUCCCAAGAAGUUAUUACAGGUGUACUAACAGUAAGUGCAUGGUGAAAAAGAGGGUGGAAAGAUCACGGGAGGAUCCCACAGCUGUGAUCACAACGUACGAGGGGCAGCACUGUCACUAUUCUGUCGAGUUUCCCGCUAGAAGUUUUAGAUGUGAUGCAUUUGCAAGGCCUAUAGCCCCUGCUGCUGCUGCUGCUGCUGCUUCGAACAAUCAAUUUUGUUAUCCAACUGCAACAUUCUUACAACAUCAUAUGCAGCAGACUUGUUCGAUUUUGAUCUCACCCCCACCACCCACCUGGCCCAGCUCUAAUAUUAAUAAAGAGAAAGUUCUCGCAGAUCAAUCUGGCCUGCAGAUCUCACCCACCUUAUGAGGAUGAUGUUGGUAGUGAGUGGCGAGGCUGUACUGUACUCUUCUUAAAUCACCAAGUUCAGACACAGUCUAAUUAAUAUUACUGCUUCUUGGGGUCCUGUAUGUAUAUCUAUCUAUCUAUCCAUCUAAUUACCUUGUGCGUAUAUAUAUACAUAUAUGUUUGUAUGUCAUUGUCUGUGGUUUACAUAGCAAUGUGAAAGUAAAAAAAUAAAAAAAUUAAAAUAAAUUAAAUUCUCUUGUUAACUGUCUGUCAGUGCAGUGCUUUGUCUGCUUCUGUCAACAUUGCGUGAAAAUCAAUGUUGCUUCUGUCUGCCGACGCGACUUUUUUCACCGCCCUUUGACCUUAUUUAAAAUAAAUAAAUAAAUAAACU